AUGGGCGUGGGCUUGGACCAGGGGUCUGGCCCUGCGCUGGAUCGACCUCUUGGCAAGGUACCACCCGGCUUCCUCAAAAACUUCUGCCCCUCCUCAACAUGCUCCUCCUUCGACUCCACCACCACCACCGCCAGCCUCGCCAGCCGGCCCAAACCCUCUGCGAGCCCGCGCCCAGACGCGCGACCUCGGAUGACCGCCAUUCCUGAGUGCCGCACAGCACAGGUGCACAGUUUGGUCCACACGCAGGGGCCCUCGCCCUUGAGACCACCAGGCCGACCGCUCCUCGCAGACGGGCCACCCCCGAGGUUUCCGAGGCUGUUGCCCUGCAAUCACGGCGCAGGAGGAGGUGCUGCCCCCUUCCUGGCUGCCGCCGGAAAGCCGUCUGCUGUCACCCCACUCAGGCCCCGUGAUGUGGUCCGUGCUCGCUCGGCCCCUGCAGGUGCCUCUCUGACUUCUUGGGCACCAGGAGGGCAUCGCCCCUCUCAAGGGAGCCUCGGUAGAGCCGACCAGACAAGGACGUUCGGCAGAGCCUGA